AAUAUGCUUUCAUGUUAGCUUUGCAUCGUCUUGAUCGAGGUCAGCGUAACUUUGCCACGGCAUCACCGGUUAUCCAUUAAUCAGCAAAGUUAGCACGCUCAUAUCUUAAACAAGCGGAAAGGUUUUAUCCACUAAACCAUCAUACCUUUCCUGGUGACUUUUGUCAUUUUGGCAUUUUUAUUUACCUUGAAAGUGGUUUCAUAAUUUGGGUAUUUGAACAGUUUGGUGCCGUUGCCAACUAAAAGUCAACGCCAUUCAAAGCAGUAAAUUGGCUCCCUGACUGGAAGGGUGGUGAUAGGAUACUGAAGGACAGCCCCCCCGUCCCCCAAGAGGAGGGGAAGACUGAUAAGAGGCCAUCCCCACACGUUCAAGACCGCAAACACGCGAGGAGCGCAAGUCAUUUUUUAUGCUCCCAAUUAAGGAACCAGUGCAACAAGUGCGGGAUUGAUUGCCUCAAGAUGGCCAAAGCUAAAGGAGGAGCCGUGGAGGAGGAAGUCAAAUGGGACAACAAGAUCCAGUACAUGCUGACCUCCAUCGGUUUUGCGGUGGGAAUUGGAAACGUCUGGCGUUUUCCCUACUUGUGCCAAAUCUAUGGAGGAGGAGCGUUCCUCAUCCCAUACCUGUUGGCGUUGGCGUUUGAAGGUCUCCCGCUGCUCUACCUGGAGAUGGCCAUCGGACAGAGGCUGCGGAAAGGAAGCAUCGGCGUCUGGAAGUCCAUUUCACCUUUCCUGGGUGGAGUUGGCAUCGGCUCCAUGGUUGUAUCGUUCCUGGUGUGCGUUUUCUACAACACCAUCCUGGCCUGGGUGUUCUGGUACUUUUUCAACUCCUUCCAGAACCCUCUCCCGUGGAGCCAGUGUCCGCUCAACGUUAAUCGCACGGGUUUGGAUGCUGAAUGUGAGAAGAGCACUCCAGUCAAUUACUUCUGGUACCGUCAGACACUGAACAUCACGGCUGACAUCGAGACCAGCGGUUCUCUGCAGUGGUGGUUGGUGGUCUGCCUGGCCUGCGCCUGGUUGUUGAUCUAUGUUUGUUUCAUCAAAGGGAUCCAAACCAUGGGGAAGGCUGUGUAUGUGACAACACCUCUGCCUUACGUGGUCCUGACCAUCUUCCUGAUCCGUGCCCUCACCCUGCCCGGAGCUACAGAUGGACUGGUCUAUCUCUUCACUCCUGAUUGGGAGAUACUGAAGAACCCUCAGGUGUGGUUAGACGCCUCAACCCAGAUCUUCUUCUCUCUGUCGGUGGCCUUUGGAGGUCUGAUAGCCAUCUCCAGCUAUGCCAACGAAAAAAACAACUGUGAAAAGGAUGCAGUCGCUGUGGGAAUAAUAAACAGCGCCACAUCCCUCUACGCGGCCAUCUCCAUCUUUGCCAUCCUGGGCUUUAAAGCCAACAACGCCUUUAACACGUGCCUAAAAGAAAACAUCUUGUCUUUGACCAACCACUUUGAGUUUUCCGACCAGAAUAUAACAACCGAGAACUACGACCAAUGGGUGGAGCAUCUGAACCGCACCAGUCCUGCUGAGCUCUCAAGCCUGCAGCUGAGAGAAUGUGACCUGAAAACAUUCCUGGACCAGAGCGCUUCAGGAACCGGCCUGGCUUUUAUCUUAUUCACCGAAGCAGUGCUGGAGAUGCCCGGAUCGCAGUUAUGGGCGGUAUUGUUUUUCCUGAUGCUGUUCAGCUUGGGCCUGUCCUCCAUGUUUGGCAAUUUCGAAGGGGUCCUGAAACCCUUUGCUGACCUCCACCUGUUGCCUAAGUCAGUGCCCAAUGAACUUGUGACAGGGUUCUUCUGCCUGCUUUCCUUAUCCAUUUCCCUCAUCUUCACCAUGGGCUCUGGGAACUACUGGGUGGAGGUCUUCAACAGCUACGUGGGCUCCAUCCCCCUGCUCAUUAUCGCAUUUUUCGAGGUUAUCGGAGUCGUUUACAUCUAUGGGAUGAAAAAUUUCAGUGAGGACAUCCGUUUCAUGACGGGGAAGAGACCCAAUAUGUAUUGGAAAGCGUGCUGGAUGGUCAUCAGUCCUCUGAUGCUCCUGGUGGUACUGAUUUCGUAUGUGGUCCUCCAAGCUCAGAAACACCCCACAUACUUUGCAUGGAAUCAAGAUUAUGAACUCUUCCCCAAAACGGAGGUGAAGCCCUACCCGGACUGGGUGUUUGCCAUCAUCGUCCUCCUUUGUGUGAUGCCUGUGAUUUCCAUCCCACUGGUGGCGCUCUACAAAGGCAUCCAAAAGGUCAUCAAGAUGUCUUCUCGGCAUGCUGACCUAAACCCAUACAGCAAUGGCGGCUUUCAGAUGGAAGCGCAGUAACCUUGGCAUUCCUCGGUGCAUCAUUGACUACUUUUAUCAGUAUGUUUUGAUUUUCUAAAGACCUAACACAACAUAUUGCUGUCUGUUGGGGAUGAAUAUAGGCUGUGUUUUUAUUAUUUCUAGUUGUAUUUAAUGUUCUGUAUCAAUGCUGUGGAUGAGUGGGGAGGGCAUUUUUGUACCAUCACAGAAGUUGUCUGCAAAUAUUGACAUUCUUUUUUUUUCCCAUGCAAGGAUAUUGAUGUUUGAGUUAA